CCCUUGUCUUCUGUUGUUACAUUUGGUGUCGCUGCCUACCGACAAAUGAAAAGCCUAUACCCUGCAGUUUUCGAUGGAGACAUAUGGAUCUUCGGGCAGGACUUCAAGGCUUCUGCGCAGUUGAGUGGCGUUCAAGAUCUGUCAGCGAUGGAGCUGCUACUUGGGACGCUGCUGGGAGGUCGGGUGAAAGCAGCAUAUGAAGGUGUCGGCCGAAGUAUGGACGAAUGUUCGACAGGGUCAGGCAAACAGUUUCCAAAGUGGGAAGGACCAUAUAUGGUCACUUCGAGAUGGGGUUACGCAGACACAGUCGCAAUGGCGAACAAUGAGAGGCGCGUGAACGUCAGCGAGCUCCAGAAAUGGAUACAGCGAGACAAGCCAACGAUGACGCCUGCACCAAGUAGAUCAAGCCGACUUCAGUCGCACGUAUUUGACGGGGGGACGAGUGUGGUGAGAGCAGGCUGCUAGCCGAUUGGUUGGCACUAAUCUACGUUAAGGUCUAGGUCACUAAUAUGGGC